UGGGGAAAGGCACAGCACAAAGCACCUCCAGCUCACAGCACAGCAUCUGCCCCAGAAAGAACAAAGCUCAACUGGUGCCACCAUGAACUUAACCAGUGGAGGAUAGCUGCUCUCCAGCCUCCAGGAAUUAUAAGAGGAGCCUCCGGCACACGCUGCGCACCGGAGUUUCUCUGUCGGUCACCAGUCCCAUCUCAAGAUGACGAAAGGCGCUCUCGCUCUCUUUCUCCUCUUCCUCCUCGCCUUUGCCUCCCAUGGCGUAUCGUGUGCGGCAGCUGCGAGGAGCGCCAUGGCCGAGGAGGAUGCAACACAUCAUGAUCCGAGGUCUCAUCACCAUGAAGCCAAAGUGGGGAGGAUACAGACUGCCAGGAAGGUUGGGCGCGUGGCAGGCGGCUCUGGAGCAGGCAGCGGCGGGGGGAGGAACACCGGUGGUGGCACCACGGACACAAGGCCGCACAACACCAAGAACGGCGGCGCUGUGCCGCUGCCGGCUGCGGCGACCUCUGCUCUGGCGCUGAUCAUCACCACUACUGUCCUUCUCUCGGCGCACAGCUUCUGAAGCACUGAUCUUGUAGUGUUGCAGUUCCAGAAAUUCUUUGCCUGAUGUUUGUCAGUAGUAUGUGUUUACUGGCUAGUCUCCAUCCUGUCUGUGUAUGUUCUUGAAUUACUUUGAAUGAUGGAUUCUGCAAGUCACAUAAGCAUCCCAUGUUUGUUGUCAGUAAAACAAACAGGUAUUCAGGGAUCUACAUGUUAUGUUGACUAAUGACUAACCAGUGGAAUCAAAACUGUUCAUCAGUGUAAGCAAGAUAUAUUCAGCCGGCUCAAGAAGUUAGAUGUUUUGCUCCAUGGAUUUAAA